GCCUAAAAUAAGAAGAAGAAGAAGAAGAAGAAGAAGAAGAAGGAGGAGGAGGAAGUAAAAUAGACACAGCAUGGAGGAGCCUACCCAUCAUCCGUGGGAGAAGUUUAUUGAUUUCUAUUUCAGUAUUGGCCUUACAUAUAAAGACAUCAAAUCCGUUCUUGCACGUAGACAUGGCUUUGACAUAAGUGAGAGACAUCUGAAAAGAAUACUGAGGGCGAGGGGGCUUUCUCGUCGUAAUGGGUACUGUGAUCUUGCGGUCCUAGUUGAAUUCAUCAGCAACGAACUACAGUACUCUGGCCAGCUUCACGGGUACCGGUGGAUGUACGGUAAAUGUAGAGAGCAUGGACUACGAAUAAAGAAGGAGGAUGUGCGGUUGGUGUUGAAAGAGCUGGAUCCGAGAGGAGUGUCACUAAGACAAGCAAGACGCCUACGACGACGGAGCUACUUUUCGAGAGGUCCUAACUUCAUUUGGCACAUGGAUAGCUACGACAAACUCAAGCCAUAUGGCUUUUGUAUCAACGGAAGCAUCGAUGGUUUUUCCAGGAAAAUGAUCUGGCUUAAUGCCUAUACCACGAGUAGUGACCCAAAGUUGAUCGGGGGUUAUUACGUUGAUGCAGUCCAGCGUUUAGGGGGCUGCCCCAGGAUUGUGAGAGGCGAUCUCGGGACCGAAAACGGCUAUGUUAGAGACUUUCAGCGGUUCCUCGUCCCGAUCCAUCCAGAUGGCACUGUUGAUAGCUACCUGGAGGGAGCAAGCACCGCCAAUCAACGGAUCGAGUAUUGGUGGGGUUUUCUGCGCAACCAGUGUGUGGAGUUCUGGAUGUCCUUGUUUGCAGACAUCAGAGACAAUGGAUUCUUUGAUGGCGGGUUUCUGGACAAGGCCAUCCUUCAGUUUUGUUGCAUGGGACUCAUCCAGGUGAGCGAGAGAGAGAGAGAGAGAGAGUGUGUGAAUGUGUGUGUGAGAGAGGGGGGGGGGCAGGAAGGAUGGAGGGAGCAGGGGAGAGGAGAGAGACGGGGAAGGUGAGGAAAGACACAGGGAGGAUGGAGGGAGGGGAGGGAGGAGAGAGAUGGAGAAGGUGAGGAAAGAGACAGGGAGGAUGGAGGGAGGGGAGAGAGGAGAGAAAAAGACUGAGGGAGGAGAGAGACGGAGAAGGUGAGGAAAGAGACAGGGAGGAUGGAGAGAGGAGAGAAAAAGAUUGAGGGAAGAAAGAGACAUAGAGGAGAAUUGUGGAUACAUUUUUUGUUGCACUAUUAAAUUAUAUACUGUUUGUAUGUACAGUUCUUCCUAAUUCUAUUUUGUAUAUUCUUUUUUACAGGAUGAGUUGGAUGACACUGCACAGGUCUGGAAUACCCACACAAUCAGACCAUCAAAAAACAUCAGUGUCCCCAGUGGUCGGCCCAAUGUGAUGUAUGCAUUGCCUCAACUCUAUGGGACCAGAGACUUCCUUUCCCCUGUUGAAGAUGAACAUCUUCAGCUGUGCAAAGAUGAAUGUGUUUUUCGCCGGCCGAUACCAUGCGAUCCAGACGUGUACGAACUAUGCAACAUCUUAAUGGUGGAGUCCCAUCUGACUCUCCCAAGAGAUCCCUAUCAGGCUGUGAACUUGUAUAGGCACCUAAGAGAGGCCAUCACUGCAUCUCUCUAAGUCAGGGAUAUUUCCUUCUGCCCUGUAGGGUAACAGUUAAUCACCAACUAUUUUGAUAGUUGAUUAAUUGUUAAAGUCAAAUGUUCUUGUAAAAAUGUCACAAAAUGUUUUCUAUUUCUCAGAUGGGAAUAAUUUUUAUUUGCAGCCCGAAUCAAUUGACAUGUAAUUGACAGUGAAGAUACCUGUGGAUGAACAAACUUUGUAGCCAAGCACUGUAGCAUCAGAGUGGAGCAGGAAAUUUAUUAAUUAUUUUGUAUGAAUUGUGAAAAACAUUUGAAAUCUGCAACCCUGAAUAAAAGUAAAUUUUGCCAAACUUAA